GUCAGAUUCAAAACACACUAACGUCGCCAACAAACUGUCGGACCCGAGACGACGUCGCAGGCUGGAUGUGUGCAGAGAGGUCGGCCAAACUGGGGCGGAGAAACCGAUGUCACACCCUGGACCUUUAAUCAUGACCAAUGAGCAGAGAACAGUAAGAUCAAAAAGAAUAAACGACAUGAACCAGUUAGAGCUUCAUGGUGGCGAAACUUCAGGUGCUGCUCCUAUUGAUUAUGAGGACCAUGAAAGAAGAAGGACACAAACAAAGAAAUCUACCAAGUCAAUGGGGACAACAUUGGAUGUUGAAGAUGUAAGCAAAGAGUCCAUAAGACUGAGAUGGAGAAUUAAUCAGCUGGAGAAAGAGAAACUGGAUCUGAUGUCCAAGCAUAACCAACAGCUGUGUGGCCUACAGUUGGAGGUGGCCAGACUGAGGUCAUCUUUGGAGCAAGGUGAAGCUCAGCGGACAGAGCUGGAAUUCCAGCUAACUGUGACCAAGAGAGAUGUGGAACGAGCCGUCAAGCUCGGCGAGGACAAACAAAAACUCCAGGAACGAGUAGAAGAGCUACAGCAAAAAAUCCAUGAACUGCAAAAAGUGGUGGAAAUCACCCGGCAGGCCAGAGAGGAGGACCAGCAUGCGUUGCAGCAGGAGAUGGAGGUGCGGGACCGCCUGAUUCAGACCUGUACCUCAAAAAACCAACACUUACAUCAGUUGCUGCAGGAGCAGAACGAUACCCUUGAGGAGGCAGAGAGGAGGAUGGCUGAGGUGCAGAAGGAGCGAGAGAAGGAAGCAGAAGCAAGCAGACAGCAGGCUAAUGAUCUUAAAUACUUAUCCGAACUAGAAGAAAGGAGCAGGAUUGAAAAAGAGGCAUCAAUUCAAAAAGUAAAGACUCUGGAGUCAAACAUGGAGGCAGCACACGCCUCCCACCUGGAGUGGAAGUUGAAUUUUGAAGUCAUGCAGAUGCGUGUGCGAGACCUGGAGGCAGUUUUGGCAGUGGAGCGCUCAAACCAGAAAGAGGCACAGUGCAACCUGGAGCUUUUGCGAGCUCAGUUCAUGGAGCUGGAGAGGGUUUAUCGUUCGGAGAAGGAAAGGGCCAACAUGGCAGAAAAUGCUUUGGAGCCGCUGCAGAAACAACAUGAACAGUGUAUGUCUGACUCAAAUGCUGCCUUGGAGAUGGAGAAAAAGAUCGGAGCUGACAUCAUGCAAAACCUGGAAACUGAAAGAAAACAGCACUGGAACACACAACAGCUUCUCAAAGAGGCUGUAAACAAGCAAUCUGAAUGUGAAGAAUUAUUCAUGAACUGUAUGAGAAAGAUCGGAAAAAGUCUUGAAAAGCACAGCUUCGAUGGAAAAGCCACAUCAAUGGAAGCAAAGAAGGAUGGGAAUUGGAGUUACUCCUCUGAAGUCUUGAAAAUGCUAAAUCGAACACUGUGUGCCUUCAAAAGCAGACAGGAAGUCACUGAAAAACAGGUGCAGGAUCUGUUGUUCGCUUCAGAGAAACUGGAUGAGGAGAACAAGCGGCUCCAUCAGCUGACAUCAGACCAGAAAGGACGAAUAGCAGAGUGCCAGCGGGAAAUCAGUGCUCAGUGCCAGGAAAGCUCAAGAUGGCUGAGUCUUUACCAGAGUCUGCAGGUAGAACUGGAGAAGGAGAGGAAACAAAGGGAGGAGGAGAAGCAGGAGUGGGAGAAGAAAAGGAACAUGGAACAAAGGGAAAGGGAGAAGGACCAGGAGAGAAGGGAGAAAGAGAGUCAGGAAACGUUAACACAUGUCCAGGAGAUGAAGGAUCACUACCAAAGGGAGUCCAAGGAACGUCUGUCCUCCCUCAACCGUCUCUACCAACGUCUCCUGGGUGGUUGUGCCGUCCUUCGUCAACCCCAGGUCAUUGCAAGUACUUUAACCUGGAAUGAGCAGUGCGACAGCAUCAAUGAACACAUCGACCAACUGACUUCUGACCUGCAAAAAGCCAACACUAAGGUUGCCUUCCUGCAGAGUGCCUGCAGAAAGAAAAGUGUGUGCGUGAAGGAGCUGCAGAACAGGCAGCAAAGCCUCUUGUCGCGCUUAGAGGAGAGCCAGCGGAGGAGGGACGAAGCUUGGAGCAGCAAACACACUCUCGCUGUCACAGAACUUCAGAAAGAGCUGGAGCACUACCGCUCCCAAUGUGACUCCCUCAACCAUCACAUCGCCUCUCAGACCUCUGACCUCACCCAAGCUCAGGACCUUCUAUCCAAGAGCCGCAGAGAGUCAGACUCCUUUCUCUUAGCGUGUGCGCUGUUCACUGGGAUGUUGACUCACACCCUGCUGCGCCUGCAGACGUUGUGCAAACAGAAAAGUUAUCUGAUGUGCCGUCUGGAGGAACGUGAGAGGUUAGCCCAGGAGGUGAGGAAGCUAGCUUCCGCUUUGGAAGAGGAGGAGGAGGACAGAGGACCAAAGAGAGCGUUGAGACUGCAACAGUGGAGGAGAGUAGUGUUAGUGGUGUUAGCUGUCAAGAGGUGGUGUGGUAUCACUCAAAUGACUCCAGUGAUUUUUCGGCUGAAAAGAAGAAUUCAUCCCUCGUUGUAUGUUUGCAUCGGGUCACAGCUUGACUGUGCGGCACAAAAAAAGGGAGAUGUUGGUGUCCAAUGGCUUCGAUCCAAACGUCUGGCUACGUCCAUUCUUUCCUCUGUUGCUGACCUGCAGACGACACUGUCUCAAAAGGACUCAUCCACUGAAGAUAUAAUGUCAGCAGCUCACUCAGGACUGUCCCGCCUUCUUGACCACCUCUUCUGCCAGUCAGAGUCCAAUGUGGAACACAAAAAAUCUCACAACAAUGUACUGAGCCUACAGCAUUCCAUAAAGCCUCCUUCUCAGACACUGGUGUCCAGCCUGCAGCAACACUUCCUGCUUUUCAGCCAACGACUCCACUCUGCUGAAGUCGAGAGGCGGAGUCUGAGGCUGGAAGUUGCCAAUCUAAAGAAAGCAGAUAAAAGGGAGGUGGCUGUGCAACGAUUCCACAGUGUCUGUGAGGAACUCCACCAGGCACUCGGACGAGAGCAGGAAGCUCAGGCUCUCAUCAAGGUGCAAUCUGAGCAGCUACAGUCACUGAGAAACCAAGUCAGUGCACAGUCGGCUCAGCAGCACAAUGAUCAGAACAUGCUGAAGGCAACAACAAAGUCUCUUUCUAAGGUUCAGCAGCAAGUGUGCAAGAAGGAACGCUCCCUGAGGAUCCUGGCUAAACAUCUGUCAGCUGUUCACAAGGAGAGGAGGGAACUCCAGGAGCGACUGAGGCAGACUGAAGACGAACUGAAAGAAGCAGCAAAAUGCAAAGCUUGCCUGAUCAGCUACAUGAAGGCUGCAGAAGAGAGCUACAAGGAGGUUAAAGACAGUUUUGACCGACGCUGUCUCUCUCAGUCAGCGAAUUCCCGCCCUGCCACGACCCUCGGUGCACCCCUGGAACCAGCAGAGAGUGUCAGGGGAACACCCGAAAUGAUGGCAUGCCAGUCUCUUCUGGCCUCAGUGACUCAGCUCUAUCAAACCUUCAGCUGCAGGAUCGACUGGCUUCAGGAGGAACUCUCUGCCCAUCAAAGUCAUGUGACUGCUCUGCGCAGUACUCUUCGGGAAACCUGAAUUCUACCAUAACCAGUUUUGGAGCUACCUCAGUCUCUCUGGAUGACAGAAGCCAACACCCCUCUGAUGGACGCUGAUGUCCCCUCCUCAGUUUUCAUCCCUGUCACGUCUAAAACAAAAGAAAAAAGAGGCCAGUGAAGAGUGGAGGGAGAAGAGCGAGCCUGCAAACGUUUGAAUCCUGCUGCCCUGUUCGUCUCUCCACCCUGCUGGAUGCCAACAGAAGGGUGAUGGCAAUAUGGGCGUCAUAACGACAGUGUCAGAUCUGCAGCUGGUUGCUGUCAAAGUAAAAUCUGCUCCGUCCUCAUCCAAGUCUAGACUUUUAUCAACUUCAAGUGCACAAUUUCAACUUUGAUCCUGCAGCAAUCAGGUCCAUCCUUUUUACUACCUGCCAAUGUGUUGUUAUUUAAGUGAGAAAACUUUAACAUUGUUCAUUUGAUGAAAAGAAGUCAUGGAAUGAAGCGCUCCUGCUUUGGAUCCUGGUCAUGCACAUUUCUUCCUUGGGUACAAAAAAAAAACCUUGUGACCUCGGUCUUGCUUAAUGAUGUUUACUGUCAAUAUUGCAUUGUUGCUAAGUCCGACAGCAGUGAAAUGUAGUUCUUUGCACUUCAGUAAAGUUUUCAAUCGAUUACCAAAAGCAAAAAAGUCUCAUCAGCACCUUUGCAUUGAGGCCCGUGGCAGUAGUCCUGUUUGUCUCUCUGGAUUUCCCCGAAACACAGAGAUACCUUCAGGCUCUGUUGACGGGUGGAGGCAAAAACUUGCCGCUGCUGUCAUACAUCAUGUUGCUGACUUUGCCAAAUCAUUACCAUCAUUAUUCCCUGGAGAUUUUUGGAAUUUUUCCCCGAGAAUAUCUUCAUCAUUAUGUACAUUAAAGAUGACCCUUCGAUAACAGGUUUGGUUGUCACAUUUCUUGGCAACCUUGAAUGUAGAUAAGAGUCCAGGUGAAAUGUUCCGGUCAUGAGUUUGAUUCCAAUUUUUAGCUCAAGUCUGAGGCAUCCAGUUUGUCUGCAGAGUAUAUGGACUGGUGUUUUUGCCAAGUUAGUUUCUUUAGUUACAUUGUGUGAGAGGCUAGCACAC